AUGGUUGACGGGAUCAGUGGUACCAUCGAAGGUGUCAAUCGAUGGCAUCUUGAACUUGGGAAAGAGAGCCUUAUCCCGGAUAGAGGCGGUAAAAGGAGAGUUAACGGUGGAGGAAGUCUUAUGCUGGAUGGUUAUGGAAUGGUGGUGGCAUAUCUUGACGAGGCUGCAAGCCUAACGGGGGAGGGUACAUACCGUCAAGAUUCAACAAUUAAGGCCGCAGGGCAAAGGGUGGAAAUGUUCCUUGAGGCACAUGUAGUGGGAAUUGAUGGUGAUGGUGGGCUUGUUUUGGGUAAGGGGGAACUAUUGGAUGUGGUGGAGGGAUACAAACCCAUAGAACACAUGGAAAUAAUGGGUGGGUCAGCAUCAGCAAGCCCAUGCUCAUCAUAUCAACCUAGUCCAUGUGCAUCCUACAAUCCAAGCCCCACUCCAUCUUCAUUUCCUAGCCCAAUCUCAUCGCCUUAUGCUGCGAAUGCCAUUAGCAAUGGUGACGCUAACUCCCUCAUCCCAUGGCUCAAAAACCUCUCAUCAGGAGGCUCAUCCAAGCUCCCUCACCAUCUCUACAUCCAUGGAAGUUCUAUAAGUGCUCCGGUCACCCCACCAUUGAGCUCCCCUACAGCUGGUUAUCAAACCCCGCCUGACUCGGGAUGGCUCUCUAGUGUUCAAACUCCCCAAGAUGGACCAUCAUCUCUUACAUUUAGCCUUGUCGCAUCAAGCCCAUUUGUCUUCAAGAAGGCAUUUUUAGGUGGAGGGUCUCGAAUGUGGACUUCUGGGCAAAGUGGAACAUGCUCUCCGGCAUUUGCAGCGGGGUGUGAUCAAACCUCAGAUGUUCCAAUGUUUGAUGGGACUGCAGCUAAGUCCGUAUUUAGUAGUAACACAAAGGGGUUGGUGAAGGCAUGUGAAGGAGAGAGAAUUCACGAGGAAUGUCUUGGUGACGAUCUUGAGCUUACACUUGGCAAUUGUACAACCAGGUAA